UUUCCUGAUAGUCACCUCCACCACAUGGAUCAAGGGAAUGAUACAUGGAUUUCAGAAUUUCUUCUCCUGGGGUUAUCAAAAGAAUCAGAACUGCAGUCCCUCAUUUUUGGGCUUUUCAUCUCCAUGUACCUGACCACUGUGUUUGGAAACCUACUCAUCAUCCUGGCCAGCAUCUCUGACCCCCACCUCCACACACCCAUGUACUUCUUCCUCUCCAACCUGUCCUUUGUAGACAUCUGUUUCAUCUCCAGCACCAUCCCAAAGAUGCUGCAGAACAUCCAGACACAGAGCAAAGUUAUCACCUACAAAGGCUGCAUCAUCCAGAUGUACUUUUUCACACUCUUUGUAUGUUUGGAUGGUUUUCUCCUAACUGUGAUGGCCUAUGACCGCUUCUUAGCCAUCUGCCACCCCCUGCACUACAUGGUCAUCAUGAACCCCCAGCUCUGUGGACUGCUGGUGCUGCUGUCUUGGGUGAUGGGUGCUCUGAAUUCCUUGUUACACAGCUUAAUGGUGCUGUGGCUGUCCUUCUGUACAGACGUGGAAAUCCCCCACUUCUUCUGUGAAAUUAAUCAGGUGGUCCGACUUGCCUGUUCUGACACCUUUCUUAAUGACAUAGUAAUGUAUUCUGCAGCUGGGAUGCUGGGUGGUGCCUCCCUCACUGGGAUUCUUUACUCAUACUCUAAGAUAGUUUCCUCCAUACGAAGAAUCUCAUCAGCUCAUGGGAAGUAUAAAGCAUUUUCCACCUGCACAUCUCACCUCUCAGUUGUCUCCUUAUUUUAUUGUACAAGCCUAGGAGUAUACCUCAGCCCUGCUGCUGCAAACAGCUCACACUCAAGUGCAACAGCCUCAGUGAUGUACACUGUGGUCACACCCAUGCUGAACCCCUUCAUCUACAGUCUGAGGAACAAAGACAUAAAAAGGGCUCUGAAAAGAAUCACUGCAAUGGCAGUUAUUUAA